AUGGGUUAUUUGUUGCUUGUGUCCCUAGGUUUACUGUCGUUUGCGUCCAUUGGUUAUCUGGCUCUUGCUGCCAUUGGUAAUCGGUGCAACCCUGCCAUUGGUUAUGUGGGUCUUCCUGCGGUUGGUAUUCGGUCCCUUGCGUCCAUUGGUUAUGUGGCUCCUGCUGCCAUUGAUGUUCGGUCUGUUGUGUCCAUUGGUUGUCUGGUUGCUGCUGCCAUUGUUGUUCGGUAUGUUGCAUCCAUUGGUUCUCUGGCUGCUGCUACCAUUGUUGUUCGGUAUGUUGCAUCCAUUGGUUCUCUGGCUCAUGCUGCCAUUGUUGUUCGGUAUGUUGUGUCCAUUGGUUCUCUGGCUCAUGCUGCCAUUGGUUUUCGGUCGCUUGUGUCGGUUCCUCUUCUGUCGCUUUUGUCCCACUCCCUGACGCCCCAAUACGUUUUUUGUUAG